CCUCCAUACAUCCUUAGCGAUAUAUUUAGAUUUUGAGCAACUAGCCGCCAUGUCUGCUAUUUCUAAAUUGGAUGGAAAAGUUGCAUUGAUUACAGGUGCCAGUUCCGGUAUUGGGGCAGGAACAGCCAUUUUGUUUUGUAGGCUUGGUGCGAAGGUAUCCAUCACAGGCAGAAAUGUUGACAAUUUAGCUGAAACGGCUGCCCAGUGUGAAAAAGAAAAUGGAAAAAGGCCGUUGACUCUUAGCGGUGAUUUGACAAAGGAAGAUUUUGUUAAGCGACUUGUUGACGAAACAGUAAAACAUUAUGGAAAAUUGGACAUUCUGGUCAAUAAUGCAGGGAUAUUGAAAUCUGGAAGCAUUGAAACAACAUCACUGGAGCAAUAUGAUGAAUGCAUGAAUACCAACGUCAGAGCUAUUUAUCAUCUGACUAUGCUUGCAGUUCCACAUCUCGUCAAUGCAAAGGGAAACAUUGUUAAUGUAUCAAGUAUCGCAAGUAUCAGAUCAUUUCCUGAAUUGUUACCAUACUGUGUGUCCAAGAGUGCCCUAGAUCACUUUACUAGGUGUACUGCAAUAGAGUUGGCCCCUAAACAGGUCCGGGUAAACAGUGUAAAAUGUUCAUGUAUUUGUAGCCCCGGUGCUAUAAUUACUGAUUUAUUCAAGACGUUGGGAAGAAAUGAAGAGGCCUAUCAGGAGUUUCUAGAGCUCUCCAAAACAAAACAUCCGCUAGGACGGUCAGGUGAGGUGGAGGAAGUGGCCAAUUCGAUUGCUUUCCUGGCAUCAGACAGUGCUUCCUUCAUCACGGGUGUACAAUUACCAGUGGAUGGCGGUAGAAACGUUCUUUGUCCGUGAUAAGAAGAUAUAUAAUGGGGGAGAUCAAAAGUUCAAUGUCUGAAAAAAAAAUCACGUCGUUUUCACCCCCCUCCCCCUCCCCAUACAAAACUAAAUAUGAUGAAUGUUGAAACUAAUCGAUUAACAAGUAAAAACAUACGAUUAUAGAUAACACUCUGUAUAUCUCUUCUACUGUUUAUUCACCAAUGAAAGUGUACAUCAGAACUGUUAAAUGUUCGUUAAAAUGUAAUAUUAUCAUGUGCUUUUUAACAGUCGUUUGUGUUGGUUUUUUUUUUUCUUUUUCCACUAAAGUGUAAUCGUUGUCGGAUGACAGAAACUUACGAGAGAUUUUAUUCCCCCCUCCCCUAGCUAUUUGAAUUUAGAUUUUUAUCCGACAUCGAUCUUUUGAUCUCGCCCCUGACACGUCCUUGAUAUCUUGCUAAGAACAUAAAACAAAACUAUACACAGCCACUUCUAGAUUUUAACCGGAUAUAAUUAUUAUUGAGAGUGAAACUCUCUAUAUACUAAUAUAUAUAUAUAUAUAUAUAUAUAUAUAUAUAUAUAUAUAUACUAGUAUAUAGAAAGUUAUAUAUCGUAACUUUGUGAUACUGACACUUUGCCGAGGCUCAGUAUUACUGUGUACAUGUAUAUAUUCCUGAAUACAUUAAUCUAUGCAGUAACUUGGUUUGAUCUACGUUAGAAAGAAAUUGAGGACUUUUGGUAUUUGUAAAUUCUAGAGAUCAUUCCAAGCUCAACAUAUAUAUAUUACACCAUUCAUUUGGUUUUGUUGUUAAUCGCGUGCAUUUCAAUCGCUAAAGUUAUUUUUUUACAUUUACCUGAGAAUAAACAUGAUAAAGAAUAAAGAGUAAUUGAUAAAG